CGAUUUCGCUUUUGUGGCUGUCUUAUCUAGCGGAAACCCCACCAGAGUGGUUCUCCAUCCUGGCAUUUGCCUCCAUCCUGGUCUCUCCGAAGUGCCCGGACCAAAAACAGGAAGAUGAGCACAGGGGGAGACGAGGACUCAGUGACCCUGGAGUCUGUCAACUCUGUCACGCUCACCCAGGACAGUGACGGCAGUAUCAUACUACACUGUCCUACGCACGAUGAGGACUCGGAGCCGAUCCAGAAGAGACUGUGUCUGACCAAUGAGGAACAGACAGAGACAGACUCCGCCCCUCAGUUCUCCGUGGUCACCCUCCCCAUGUCAGAGGGAGACGAGAGCUUCGAGGUCACGAUGACCGCCACCGCCGACAGUGACAUCACAGAAGAGGGCGUGGCCCAGAUACAGAUCCUGCAGGGUGAGGAUCCUCAGAACAGUGAAGAGAUGUCUCCUGUCAGCCAGGCCUGGUUCACCACCAAGGAGGACAAAGAUACACUGGUUAACAAAGGUCAUAAGUGGAAACAAGGCAUGUGGUCUAAAGAGGAGAUCGACCUUCUGAUGAGCAACAUCCAACAAUAUGUGAAGGGUCGGGGUAUGGAGGACCCAGCUGAGAUAAUAUUUGAGAUGUCUAAAGAGGAGCGUAAGGAUUUCUACCGCAGCGUGGCCUGGGGUCUGAACCGACCGCUGUUUGCCGUCUACCGACGAGUCCUCCGCAUGUACGAUAACCGCAACCAUGUGGGCAAGUACUCUCCUGAGGAGAUCCACAAGCUGAAAGAGUUGAGGCAGAAGCACGGUAAUGACUGGGCCACUAUAGGAGCCGCUCUGGGCCGCAGCGCCUCGUCUGUUAAAGACCGCUGCCGACUGAUGAAGGACACCUGCAACACAGGGAAGUGGAGUGAGGAGGAGGAGAGGCGUCUAUCGGACAGUGUGUAUGCGUUGGCGGGUGUGUGUCCGGGUCGUGCGGUGACGGGGGGUGUGUCAUGGGCGGCUGUAGCUGAUCUGGUGGGAACGCGGUCGGAGAAACAGUGUCGCUCUAAAUGGCUCAACUACCUCAACUGGAAACAGAGUGGAGGGACUGAGUGGACCAAAGACCAGGAUCUCAGCUUAGUACACAGGAUAGUGGAGUUGGAUGUGGAUGAUGAGAAUGAGUUAAAGUGGGAGGAGCUAGCAGGGGGGUGGAGCAGCGUUCGCUCUCCUCAGUGGCUCAGAUCUAAGUGGUGGAGCAUCAAGAGACAAGUAGCCAAUCACAAGGAGCUGCCCUUCCACGUGUUACUGAAGGGUCUCCAGGAGCUGAUGGAGGUUCAGGUGCCGUUAGGGGCGGGCACUGGGCCAGGUAGCCCUUCCCCUUCCCUGCAGAUCCGAGUCACGCGAUUGGACGAGUGCUGUAGCUCCGCCCCCAGGGCUGUCACAGCACUGCAGAUCCCCCUGCAGAUCACACACAUGGCCCCAGACAGUGCUGGCACCAGUGACACAGAGACCCUCAACACUGCAGCUCUGCAGACCUUACAGAUCCUACCUUCUUUCCACCUGCACCCUACAGGGACUCCAGGGACAUACUUCCUUCAGACAGCAGCCAAUCAGAGCCUGCCGCUCAGCCUUUCCACCAAUCCCACCGUCACACUGACGGCUAGCUCCUCCCCCUCGUCCCCAGAACACAUCAUCCUACACAGCCUCUCAGUGAGUACGGAGGGUCUUUGUUCCAGUGACAGCGUUAUCAUUCAGACGGUCACCUCUGACCACACCUCUCCAGAGCCUCUUUGCCAAUCACAGCUGGUUGUGGAGAUGCAGGGGGAGGAGCCAGAGCAGAACUUUCUGAUUGGUUCCUCAGAAGGCGGAGCCACCGAGACUCAGGAGCCAAUGACCGACAGCUUCACUGCCAAGGUCCUGGACUCUCCCUCUCACGAGGAGCAGGUGGUGGAUUCUGGGAUAGCGAAGGGGGCGGUGCUUAUCGUUUCUCCAACAAAUGUCAGCAGCACACUGACAGAUCUGAUCCUAGAGAACCAGGAGGGCUCUGACUGAGAUGGAACACAUCAUUACUGAUGGAGCCAAUCAAACAGCGGAGUAGACAUGUCAUCAUUUUGGAAUUUUUUUCUGAUUGGCUGAGUUGGCCAUUAAGCCCCUCCCCUUUAAAUGCUCUCUUGGGUAUGGCGGUAAUUCACCUAAUACUGGUAUGCACACUGCCAUGAAACCCCAAUGAAGAAGCUCUCUUGGGUCCAUUGUUCAUGGGCUCCUGUGGGGGCCGGCCUGUCCAUUCUAUGUACUUUAUAAAGACUGCAGCCAGAGCCACAGAUAUACACUGAGUGGACAAAGCACUUCCUAAUAUUGAGUUGCACCCCAUGUCUCAAUUGUCUCGAGGCUUAAA